UGUUGAAAGGAAUAUACAGAAUUUCACCCACGAAGCUAAUUCAAAGCAGAAUAAUUGAGUCUAACGACAAGUCUGGAGCUAUUUCACUUUCAAUCAUGGACAUGAACCAUUCAGCGACUAACUUGACGCUGGACGCACUUAAGAGUGUCGUGUCGCAAGCUCUGCUGGGCAAGUUCACAGCUGUUUUUCCAAAGCUUUUCAAGUGCCAAUGGAAGACAUAUGAAGGUCAGAAGAAGCUAUACGCGAACUUCUCAACAGACUCCGACAGAAACAUGAGCAGCCGUAAGUUUUGCGUGGGUGGCAACUGGAAGAUGAACGGCGACCAAAAGUCAAUUGCCGAAAUCUGCAAGGUGCUCUCCGAUGCACCCCUCGAUGCCAACACCGAGGUGGUCAUCGGCUGCCCGGCAAUUUAUCUGAUGUUCGCCCGUAAUCUGCUGCCCUGCAGCAUCGGCGUGGCCGGCCAGAAUUCCUACAAGGUGGCCAAGGGUGCCUUCACCGGUGAGAUUUCCCCAGCCAUGCUGAAGGACAUUGGAGCCGAUUGGGUUAUCCUGGGCCAUUCGGAGCGUCGUGCCAUCUUCAAUGAAUCGGACGAACUCAUUGCCGAAAAGGCAGAACAUGCUCUGUCCGAGGGCCUUAAGGUAAUUGCCUGCAUUGGCGAGUCCCUGGAAGAGCGUGAGGCUGGCAAGACCAACGAUGUGGUCGCCCGCCAGAUGUGCGCCUAUGCCAAGAAGAUCAAGGACUGGACCAACGUGGUGGUUGCCUACGAGCCCGUGUGGGCCAUUGGCACCGGCAAGACAGCCACGCCCGAUCAGGCCCAAGAGGUGCACGCCUAUCUGAGGCAGUGGCUGGCGGAAAACAUCUCGAAGGAGGUGUCCAGCAGUCUGCGCAUCCAGUACGGCGGCUCCGUGACCGCCGCCAAUGCCCGGGACCUGGCCAAGAAGCCCGACAUCGAUGGCUUCCUUGUGGGCGGCGCCUCACUCAAGCCAGAGUUCGUGGACAUCAUCAAUGCCCGCAAGUAAAUGCAUCUCACGCCGCAUUUGCAGCAGCUCGUCAAUUGCCCGCACAAGAAAUCUGUUGAUCGCAUAGGAAAUAUAUCGCAUUACGCAAAAUGUUGUUGUUGGCGCUGGAUUGUUGAAAUCGAAUGUAAUUCAAAAUUCCUUGUUCUCAAAUGAUAUUCAUAACUUAUUCACAUUUUGGCAUUCAUAAUAUAUUUCGAAUUGCUACCAUA